CAUGGGCACACGGGUAGUUCUCCUCCUGGCCGUGGGUGCGGCGGCGGCGGCGCUCGCGUCGACGACGGUGAUGCACCGCUGCGAGCAGCCGAUGGGCGAGGAGUGCAAGGUGGCCUUCAUCGUCUGCCCGCACAUCGAUGCCGCCAACUGCAGCGCGGCCGGCGGUCACGUUGGGGACAGCCGUGCAACUACACGACAGACGUGGGAGGGCCUGUGACGUUGCUGUGCAGCGCGCCUCUGGUGUGCUCCCUUCGCUUCAACGGCACUUGCCUCCGCGCGCAAGAAUGCCUAUAGGCUGCACCUAGCCACAUCUGAUUUGGGCGCCAAUCGCUCCUAAUUGAAAAGCGGCAAAUUCUGAGUAUAUUUUUGUGUUAAUUGCAGCAUUUUUAACCGCUUGAAGUGCCGGAUCGCUAACAAACACGCAAUACAACUUUCUCGUCCGCUCUUUGAAAUCUCAGUCCGAAAAAAACAGCAGCGUCCGCCUCAAUAACCGAUUAACAACGGCAAAUGACAAAAGCAGAAAGCAAAUUAUAAUGGCUAUUCUACUCAUGAAAUUAAAACCCAUAGUGUUUACAUUACUUAUGCUUAUACAUAUAAAAUGCUGCAAACAGGGUGGUGUAUCUAAAAAGUGUUGCUUUUUCUAUCCAAUUUUUCUUACCUCUCCUACCUACUGGCCAAUCAUAAACUCCGACUCUCGUAUCUUAGGAGGCGGCAUGUAUCGAUCGCUGCGUUGAUGUGCAAUAAACAGUGUAUGAAUUAUAUCAAAAUCUCUUUGAUUUUAACAUGGUUUUAGAUAUUUUCAAUAUUUGGCGCGUUUUGGAACUGUUGGGCGUAAUCUCAUUCGUGAAAUUGUCCUAUUAAAUACCAUCAUUGAGCAGAUCUCGCGAUCGUUAAAUUCCCGAUAGUUCAAAAAUUGUAGAAGUUCAAAUUUGUAUUGUAGUCUUCCUGGAACUAAAAUAUUAAUGGUAGAUAUGUUUCCUCUUAAUGAAAUCUGUUCCUUAAAGAUAGAUUUUCGAAUAAGGUCAUUUACAAUUUUUCGAAAAUUUCAAUACUUUUCGCGUGAAAAUACGGGCAGGAAAAUACGUAGUGUUUUAGCACCACUAGUUGAAGUGCGUUAACAAUUCACGACUUAAUAAUCACAUUAGUGAUACCCAUAUUAAAAGAGAGGAUUCGUAUAUGACUGUUAUUUUUUUUAUCAAAACACUUUAUAUUUAUAAAACAAAUUUUGUCAGUGAUAUUUACCAUAUUGUAAAAUUUGAGCAACACAGUGACUUUGGAUAUUAAAACUUAAUAUUCGUUGCCAAAAAUGAAAUGCAAUUCUUUGAAAUAUGUGUUGCCAAUUGUAUUACUUGUUCAAGUUUUAACUUUGUACGUACAACAAUAUAAAUGUAUCUCAAAAUAUUGUGAAUAUUUUAAAACGCUGAGAUACAACAAGUUAAUGAAGU